AUGGAUGGACAAAUCCAACCAAAAGGCAUUUUAAGGCCCAGAAGCGUAAGCUGCCCCCGCUGGACGGCGAGCCUCCGGCCCCCGCCCCCGCCCCUGGCGCCCCCCCCCCCCGCCCAUGGCGUCGGCGUGUGGGAGUCCCAGCAUCAGUUCCUGUUCUCCGUGUCUCUGCACAAGUACGAGCGCAGCCGGGCGCUGGCGGAGCCCAGCCUGCGCCGCUGCGUGCUGCUGGCCAACACGCUGCGGCAGGCCAGCCUGGAGGCCGCCGCCCCCCCGCCGGGGCCCCCCGCAGCCGUCGCCAUGGCAACCGAGGAGGAGGAGGACUGGGGCGCCGCGGAGUCCUCGGACUUCUCCCUCUCAGCCGCCAUCUCCUCCAUCCUGACGGCGCUGGACGUGGCGCUGGACGCCCCCCCGCCGCCACGGACGCCGCUCCGGGCCGUGGAGAACCUGCAGGGGGAGGGGGGAAGGCCCGGGGGGGGGGCCUCCGCGGAGGACCUGGUCCAGGACAUAGACAUGGCCCUGCUGGAGAGGGACGGGGGGGCGCUCGGGCUCCGGGGCGGCGUGGCGACGGCGGCGGCGGGCGGAGACGAGCUGCUCCGCUUCCUGCCCCCCCUCUGCCCCCCCCCGCUGAAGUGUCUGCCCUCCUUCUCCUCCUUCAGCCCCCGGGCCUCUUCAUCCUCCUCCUCCUCCUCGGCCCAGAGCCAGGGGAGGGACGGCUUCGACCUGGACCACCUGAUGGAGAUCCUGGUGGAGUCCUGA